GCUUCCAGAUUGCCAUUAAGCAUCAUCAUUGUGGGCGUCGGAGCAGCUGACUUCGAGCCUAUGGAAGAGUUGGAUGGUGAUGAUAUAAGACUAACGUCCCGUGGACGAGCUGCAGAUCGUGACAUCGUACAGAAACCGUAG